AAACAUAUCAUCGACCGACCGCCGGAUACACAUGCCCGUCAGGUCGUCCUCUGUGAAUGUUGCUGCUAUCUUUAAUGUUUAUUUGUGUGUCUAGUGUUUCUUAUUAGUAUAUUGAAUUAUAAUUAUAUUGUAUAUAAUCUACCCGUUAGUUGUCGGUUAGAGGAUGACGGCCAGAGGAACACCGAGUCGCUUCCUGAGGUCUGUUCUUCAGAACGGAGUCGGUCGUUAUGUCUGUCAGCUGAAGCGAGUCUCCAUCAUCUUCUCUAAGAACGCUCAGAGCUCGCUGGGAGUCAGGGAGUUCAUUGAAGAGGGGGUCGUGGAUUAUGCCAAUAAGAACCCUUCAACUGUCGUGUAUGUGACUCCUCGGUCAUGCAGGAUACCCAAAAUAGUUGCAGAAUACUUAAACGGCAACGUGAGGGAAGAAAUCGUCACAUGCAAAACGUCUCCGCAGAUUUUAGAGCUUUUAACCAAGAUGACCAAUCAGUCCGGUCUGGACAUCAUCCGCAUCCGCAAGCCCUUCCACACAGACAACCCCAGCAUCCAGGGCCAGUGGCACCCAUUCACCAACCGGCCCCCGUCCAUCGGUCCCAUCAGACCACAGUAACAGGACGCUGAAUGAGGACUAACAAAAGUUUGAAGUCAAAGUUUGUGCUUAAUUCCAGAUUACUCUUGCAAGAUAUGUUUGAAGCUGUUCAAGUGUCUGCAAUCUAAAUUAAAUCACAAGUCCUCGUGGUUGCAGCAAUUUUCCAAUGUAUGUGCUGGAUGAUUCUGCAGAAGACCCGACUAUCGACUGAAUAUUUCCCACCAUGCCCUUCUGUCUGGUGGUGGCAGCAGAGCCACUUUCGCUGUGCAGAGAAGUGCACACAUUACCAGCUCUGAGUGUUGAAUAGACUUUACAUGAAUCGUCCAGAGGCUUGUCAGCUGGCAAAUUAAAAAGCAGAUAACUGUUUUUCUCAAGGUUAUUUGAAGACUCAUUGUAGUAAAGUGCAGCACUUCGGAGCAGAUGGAACUUUGUACGAAAUAAAAAUAAAUAAUAAUGUGCAAA